AUGGCAGACUUCCGCCCUAAACUCUCCAUUCCGCAAGCCCUCUCGAAGAUUCCGGCCCCGUACCAGCCCACACUGGUAGCGAGUCUGAACGAUGCUAUUGAGUUUAAGAUUGCAAAGAUAAAAGGCGACUUCGUAUACCAUUCACACCCCACGACUGACGAGCUGUUCUACAUCCUAGACGGCGGGCCGUUGACGAUGCGCAUCCGCCGCAUCUACGACGAUCCUAGCUCUGAGGAAACCGUCGUUCUUGAAAAAGGCGAUGUGUUUGUCGUACCGAAGGGCGUGCAGCAUUUGCUGGGGGCGGACAAUGAGUGCAGUGUGCUGUGUGCGGAGACGAAGGGGGAGUUGAACACGGGUGAUUUAGGUGUCAUGGAGAAGACAUCGGAAGUAAAGGAUGCCAGGAACUAA